CCCUUCUCUCUCUAAAUCGCCACCGACUUUCGGCGCUCUGCCUCGCGUGAAUUGCCACUGCUGCGCGUAAUAUAGUACUAAUACUAAUAAACAAAUCGAUUACAAAUACUAGCGCCUCAUCAAGGAGGAAGAUCUCACUGUGUAUAUCUCUCUCUCUCUCUCUGCCGUCUCUCCUCACAGGGAGCUUCGGGAUGGAGCAAUAACCAUCAGCUGCUCUUCUCUUCUCGGAUCUGUCGGCUGGGUUUGUUAGCGAAGGUGUAGAACUUCUAGGGAAACCUUGGUAUUAAUAAAGAUGGCGUUAGGUAAAUACUCUAGAGUUGAUGGUAGAAAAUCUUCUUCGAGUUACUGUUCAACAGUGACUCUGGUAGUGUUUGUGGCCCUUUGCUUAGUUGGGGUGUGGAUGAUGACAUCGUCUUCUGUAGUCCCUGUUCAGAAUGCGGAUGUGGCUUCUCAGGAGAAAAAGAAUCAGGUGAAGGAACAAGCAAAUGAAAGCAAUGAGAGCACUGUGAGGAAUGAGAAUAACGAGAGCACUGUGAGCAAUGAGAAUAACGAGAGCAAUCCUAAGCAGUUUGAGGAUAACCCUGGUGAUUUACCCGAGGAUGCUACAAAAGGGGACACCAAUGUGAAUUCAGCUAAGGAGGAAAAUAAUGAGCCUCAGGAAAACAAAAGUGCUUCUGAAAAGACAAGUGAGGAUGCUGCUGUUGAAAAUGAAGAAGAGAAGCUCGUGAAGAAAGAGGAUGAGACUAAGUUUGAAGAUGUGUCCAAAACUGAGACAGAGAAUCACGAAGCACAAACUGAAGACGGUGAAUCCAAGGCAAAGAACAAAGAUUCUGAAGCAGGGGAUACAACAACAGAUAGCACUGAUGAUAAUUCUAGUAUGCAACAGGAUUCUGAUGAAGGCUCAAAUGAGAAAAAGGGCAAUCUAGACGAGAAUGAGAAGAAAUCAGAGGAGAAUUCUAAUGAGACUAAAGAUGGGCAAAAUGUGGAUGGUCAGAUAGAAGAGAAGGUGGAUCAGAAUGAAGAUAAGGAGUCUGAUCAGACAUCUGAAAAGAAGAAGGAUGGUCAGGCUAAAGAUCUCGCCUCAAGUGAGGUGUUUCCCUCUGGGGCUCAAUCUGAGCUUUUGAAUGAAACUACAACUCAAACUGGGGCUUGGGCAACUCAAGCAACAGAGUCAAAGAAUGAAAAAGAAGCACAGACUCCUUCAAAGCCAAAUUGGAAACUAUGCAAUGUCACUGCUGGACCAGAUUACAUCCCGUGCCUUGACAAUUGGCAAGCAAUUAGGAGUCUUCGAUCUACUAAACACUAUGAACAUAGGGAGAGACACUGUCCAGAGGAGCCACCCACCUGCCUUGUUCCACUUCCUGAAGGAUACCAACGCCCAAUUGAAUGGCCAACCAGCAGGGAAAAGAUAUGGUACCAUAAUGUUCCCCAUACCAAACUUGCACAGAUUAAAGGCCACCAGAAUUGGGUCAAAGUUAGUGGCGAUUACCUUACUUUUCCUGGUGGUGGGACCCAGUUUAAGAAUGGUGCUCUUCAUUACAUCGAUGUUAUUCAACAGGCCAUCCCUGAUAUUGCCUGGGGAAAACGAACCCGUGUUGUAUUAGAUGUUGGAUGUGGAGUUGCUAGCUUUGGAGGCUUUCUGUUUGAAAGAGAUGUUCUGACCAUGUCAUUUGCCCCAAAAGAUGAACAUGAAGCGCAGGUUCAGUUUGCGCUUGAAAGAGGAAUUCCCGCUAUCUCAGCAGUAAUGGGCACCAAGAGACUUCAGUUCCCGGGCAGAGUCUUUGAUGUUGUCCACUGUGCACGUUGUAGGGUCCCCUGGCAUAUAGAAGGUGGUAAACUUCUACUAGAGCUAAAUCGUGUAUUGCGACCUGGUGGUUUCUUUAUCUGGUCAGCUACUCCUAUUUACCAGAAACUUCCUGACGAUGUUGCUAUUUGGCAAGCCAUGAAAGAACUGACAAAGUCAAUGUGCUGGGAAGUUGUAUCAAUAACUAGGGAUACAGUGAAUGGAGUGGGAAUUGCUGUAUAUCAAAAACCUACUACAAAUGAGUGCUAUGAGAAAAGAACACAAAACGUUCCUCCUGUCUGUCAAGAAUCUGAUGAUCCUAAUGCAGCCUGGAAUGUGCCACUGCAAGCAUGCAUGCACAAAAUUCCUGUUGUUGAAACAGAACGCGGAUCUAAAUGGCCAAAACAGUGGCCAGCACGAGUGGAACAACCACCGUACUGGUUGUUGAGUUCCCAGGUUGGAGUCUAUGGCAAAGCAGCCCCUGAAGAUUUCACUGCAGACUAUCAGCAUUGGAAACGAGUGGUGGCUAAAUCAUAUCUAACUGGAAUGGGAAUAAACUGGUCAUCUGUCAGGAAUGUUAUGGACAUGAAAGCUAUCUAUGGAGGAUUUGCUGCUGCUCUAAGAGACUUGAAGGUGUGGGUCAUGAAUGUGGUGCCAAUAGACUCUCCAGAUACACUACCUAUAAUUUAUGAACGAGGUCUGUUUGGAAUGUACCAUGAUUGGUGUGAAUCAUUUAGCACCUAUCCUAGAUCUUAUGAUCUUCUUCACGCGGACCAUCUCUUCUCCAAAGUUAAAAAGAGAUGCAAUUUAGUGGCUGUGGUUGCUGAGGUUGAUCGGAUUCUAAGACCAGAGGGAAAACUUAUCGUUCGCGACAAGGUGGAGAUCAUCAACGAGGUGGAGAGCUUGGUGAAGGCUAUGCACUGGGAGGUCCGGCUGACGUACUCCAAGGACAAGGAGGGAAUAUUAUGCGUCCAGAAGACAGUCUGGCGCCCCACAGAGGUAGAGACGGUCGCAUAUGCCAUUGCUUAACCCCCCCUACCAUGUUCUCCAGUCUUCUUGCUAAGUAAGUACUCGUACUCGUUAGGUCUUAAAGCUACGGAUAAUAGUUUAAUUCUUUUCUAUUUUAUUUUUGUCGCCUAAUAUCGUAUCAUGGUAAUUGUAAUUUUCCUUGCCCCCCCCCCCCCCCCCCCCCCAUGUAUCAUUUUGUGUCGGCGUCGGGUAGUGCCUCACCCUUUUCCAUCUUUAGAGGUUUUUGGUUUCUUCAAUUUGGAAGUCAUAUUUGGGUGUCAAGUGUAAUGUUAGAUUCUUAUUUAUUGGUGAAAAGUGAAACCAUUUUUGAAAGUGUAAAGCUGUCGCUGGAUGGUUAGAAAUGCCUGAUGUGAUGUUACUUUUGAGAUUCCAGAAUGAUAAUAGUGCACCGAUGAUUCCUUUGCCC